AUGGCAUCCAUUCUUUUGCGUGUUCUUUUCCUUCUUGCCUUCAUAAUCUUUACAACAGGGGCAUCCUCGUCUGUAACCGACUGCAACCCUCUUAAAUCGACGACCUGCUCUCCGGAAGCUGCGCUUGGAACUGAGCAUACAUGGCUAUUCAACUCUACCCUCGACGAAAAGUUAUGGGAUAUGGAAACGGGCAAAAUCGAGUACACCGAUGAAGGCGCAGACUUUGCCAUUCGAGCGGAGAACGCAUCCACUCUUUUGGUGUCGAACUUUUACAUCUUCUUUGGGAUUAUGGAGGCACACGUGAAAAUGGCAAAGGGCGCUGGAAUCGUCAGCAGCGUGAUUCUUCAAUCGGAUGAUCUUGAUGAGAUUGAUUGGGAAUGGGUCGGAUACAAUACAAGUGGUGUCCAGUCUGACUUCUUCGGGAAAGGGAAUACCACUACGAGCGAUCGAGGCGGGUAUCACGCUGUUUCGAAUGCAGACACUGAAUGGCACAACUACACCUCUUACUGGGAUAAAGAUCGUCUUGAGUGGUGGAUUGACGGCGACCUUGUACGAACAGUUAACUACUCCGAGCCGCUGACUGUCUAUGGAAAGAACUAUCCACAGACACCAUCCAGAGUAAAAAUCAGCAAUUGGCCCGUUGGUAUCAAAGGAGAGUCACUGGGAAACCUCGAAUGGGGAGGUGGUUAUGUGAACUGGACUGAUGUGCCCUUCAUCAUGUCGGUGCAGAAGGUUCGUGUUCAGGACUUCCAUUCAGGAAAGGAGUAUACGUAUAAUGGAACCUCUGGAACGUGGGAAAGUAUCAAUGUAAUCAGUGGCAACUCCACUGCAAAGAAAGAGAUCAACAAAGUGCCAGCAGAGACUACUGCUGAGAAGUGGGAUGAUCUAGGUGAAGGAGCGCAUAUCGGGGUAUACGUCGGCGCAGCAGUUGCAGGAGCGCUUAUGGUUGGCGCCCUCGGCUGGUGGUGUAUACGCCAGCGUCGCCAAGGCCGGCUACAGCGGGCUCUGGAUGAUGAUGCUCAUGGGAGCCAACUUACGGAUAUGGCGAAGCACACUGCUCAAUGGAACCAAACACAAUGGGGCCGCAAGAGUUAUCAACCGGUUGCCUAA